ACUCCGGUGUUCCCGAUGGGACCGAAGCUCCCGGUCCGCCAAGGCAGGACAGCGGCUCUCGGCAUCACCAAGCGGGACUACCGCACCCAGCACACCCCGGGAGGAACUGCAGUUCCCAGCAUACUCCGGGCGGGACUACAGUUCCCAGCAUACCCCGGGGCUCGCCCCGGCGCGGGACAGCCGGUCCCGAUGGCGGCGGCUGCGGUCUAUGUGUACAGCUCGGAGUACGUGGCCCUCUGCGACUCCCUCUGCAAAGUGCCCAAGAGGGCCAGUAUGGUGCAUUCGUUGAUCGAAGCGUAUUCCUUACUUGACCACAUGAAGAUAGUCAAGCCAAAAGUGGCCUCCAUGGAGGAGAUGGCAACUUUCCACACGGAUGCCUACCUGCAGCACCUGCAGAAGGUCAGCGAGGAGGGGGAUGAUGACCAUCCGGAGUCCGUGGAGUAUGGACUGGGUUAUGACUGUCCGGCUACUGAAGGGAUCUUUGAGUAUGCCGCAGCCGUGGGAGGAGCCACUAUCACUGCAGCCCAGUGCCUGCUGGACGGCAAGUGCAAGGUAGCGAUUAACUGGCCUGGAGGGUGGCAUCAUGCAAAGAAAGAUGAAGCUUCUGGCUUCUGUUACCUGAACGAUGCAGUCUUGGGGAUCCUGCGGCUGCGCCAGAAAUUUGACCGUGUCCUUUAUAUCGAUUUGGAUUUGCACCAUGGGGAUGGCGUUGAAGAUGCCUUUAGUUUCACCUCGAAAGUCAUGACGGUUUCUCUGCAUAAGUUUUCACCAGGAUUUUUCCCAGGCACCGGGGAUGUGACAGAUGUUGGCCUGGGCAAAGGUCGCUAUUAUAGUGUGAACGUACCUAUCCAAGAUGGCAUUCAGGAUGAGAAAUAUUACCAGAUCUGUGAAACCGUGCUGAAGGAGGUGUAUGCUGCCUUCAACCCAGACGCGGUUGUGCUGCAGCUGGGGGCAGACACCAUCGCUGGAGAUCCCAUGUGCUCUUUCAACAUGACGCCUGAGGGAGUGGGCAGGUGCCUGAAGUAUGUCCUGCAGUGGCAGCUAGCAACUCUCAUCCUGGGAGGAGGAGGCUACAACCUUGCCAACACAGCUCGCUGCUGGGCAUACUUGACUGGGGUCAUCCUUGGGAGAACGCUGUCUUCCGAGAUCCCUGAUCACGAGUUCUUCACAGAGUACGGCCCUGAUUAUGUGCUGGAAAUCACUCCAAGCUGCAGACCAGACCGCAAUGAGCCACAGAGAAUUCAAGAAAUUCUAAACUCUAUCAAAGGGAAUCUAAAGCACGUUGUUUAGCGGAGAAGGAAGGCUCAGAUUUCCACCAAAGCACUUCCCGUGGUGAGGACAGCGUGUUCAUGUGAGCAGCUGGUGAAAUGUGUGGCUGCCGGGGAAAUUUGGAAGAAAUUAAUGUUGGUUGGUUGACUUUUUUUUUUUUUCCUCUCUAAAGAAGAAAAGCUGCUGCAUGCCACGAGUUCCGUGGCUCUCCCCAGGCCAGGAGCGUGGGCCCUCCAGCCACAGCUUUCCAGUGCCAGCAGAGCCUUCCUGGUUACUCUUUCCUUUUUUAACACCAUAGAGUUUAUUCUCACAACUGAUUUUAAAUAGUUUUUAAGAGAGGGGUUUCUCAGAGCAGUGAACCCUCCCCAUCCUGAAUCCAAUGCCACGUUGCCUUCCCGGCAGGAGCAUGGCCUCUGAGCUGCCGACGCAGGGAGUGGUGCUGAGUGCCAUCCAGGACCCAGGGCCCAGACUGUGCCUGUUGGCCACAGAAAGGCCCGGCUGUUGUGGUUUUAACUGGGAAUUUUUUUACAAUAAAAUAUUUGGAAUACUCCUCCAGCCCUUUCCUUUCUUCUUGCCUUGCUUGUGCCCUUUUCCACAGCACUGCGUGUGUUCAGCAGAGGUCUGGCCAACGCUAGGAAGUGAAGGUCUGUGGUUGCAAUUGUGACUGUCCCUUCCAGCGCCAUCACAUGAGGUAGGGCAGACCACCAGGGUGAGGGGUGAGCUCCUGAAAUCCUGCGCAGGGGAGCCAGACCUUGAGUGUCAAGGGAGAUGCAGGGCAGGGUGUCAUCUCCUGUCCCAGGAGAUGAACCAACCUCUAGAUGCCACAGUGCCCCAUGAGAGCUGCUGCUCAGCAUUCUGGGGAGGGGACAGGUACAGAGAUGUCUGAGGCAGAUCCUUCCCAGUGCCUUGGGCCGUGGAGCCUGGUCUCUGCUGCUUUUGGCCCCUCUUUCCCCUGGCCCAUGGAGGUUUUAUUUGUGCUGCUUCUUUUUAAAGAUGUCCAGUCGCGGUGGGAAAGCAUCUUUCCUGUUGCUUUAAUUAUGCUGGAAUAAAUAACAAGGUGAAGGGACCCGCAGCAUGGCUUGGCUUUGUUUCAAUCUCUUCUUUUUCACUGCCAAUCCAAAUAAGAGGAAAUCCAGCAUAGAGGGAGUUCAGCUGGACUUGGCUCCUGUGUCAUAGAAUCAUGGAAUCAUUAAGGUUGGAAAAGACCUCUCAGCUCAUCCAGUCCAACCAUCAUCCCAACACCACCGUGCCAACUAAAUCAUGUCCCAAAAUGCCACACCUACAUGAGUCUUUGAACACCUCCAGGGAUGGUCCCUGUGCAGUGACUUCCCCCUUUCCCUCCCGGGGUUGGCUGUGCUGGGGUGAGAAGAGCCCAGCUGUGUGCAGCAAGUGCGAACAGGAGGCUGGUGUUGCCACCAGCACAGCAAAGGCUCUGGGUGCCCCGGGGGGGUGUCGAACCCGGGGAUUGUUCAGCCAGAAGUGGGGUAUGGGAUAGCAGAGAAGCUGUUCAGCUGCCCCCUCCAGCCUUCCUUUUUCCAG